AAACAUCACUGGUGGCUUGAUCAAACAGGUCUUGAAUACAAAAAGGGAAACGCUCCGGUGGAAUUACAUUAGAAAUUGCYAAAAGAUCAAAAAGAACUUCUCUAUUUCCAAGAAAAAUUAAGGAAUCAAAAAGAAUAUGUAACGACUAUCCCGGAUGAAAAAUGGCGGGAAAAAUAUGUAMAUUUUGCGACGUCGUCGAAGUGAUUUCGUUUGCACUUCUUUUAUGUUUCGUUGAGAGAAAUGUCGCUCAGUCUGCACCCAAGAACCAUGACAAACCAACAAACACCGUGUUAAAUCAAGUUGUAAAAGAAAUAUCAGACGCAAAGCAAUUAAUGAAACAAACUAACGAAAGACUGAACAACGCCGAGAAUGCGAUAUCAAAWCUUAAUCAMGAUGGUGUGGUMAAUCAAGGUGAAGGAGAAAUAAAACAGUUUCUUCAGGAGUGCACAAAGCAUCAAAUGCUAGUCAUUCCUUUGGUGCAAACCUUUGGUCAUCUAGAGUAUGUUCUCAAACACCCUGUGUUUGCCGAUUUAAGAGAAACCAAGAGAUAUACAAACUCAAUCUGUCCAGAGAACCCAAAUUCUCUGAUUUUAAUCAAGAAGAUGAUCGAUCAAAUUCUACAAUUGCAUCCUGGAUCAUCAUGGCUGCAUGUUGGCGGUGAUGAGGUCUGGAACCUCAAGACUUGUUCAACAUGUAAAAACAGCAAUGAGUCCAAUUCCGACAUCUUUCUUGGUCACAUGAUUCCAGUUUUAGAAUACGUGAAGCAACACAGUAAAACACCUAUCAUGUGGGAUGAUAUGAUGAGAGACUGGGACCUAAACAAGCUGAUCAGAAUGGGUCAAUUGGCGGAGCCAAUGUUAUGGGGGUAUCGAACUCCAUUAAGUCAACAUUUUCCUAAAGGCUACGUCCUAAAAAUGUAUGAUUAUUUUGGUUCAUUAUGCGAGCUUCUGCCAGCUGCAAUCCCCUCUCUCGCUGUUUGUUUGACAGCUAUCAGAAAAGGGUAUAUCGAUGAUAACGUAGUGGCUGAAGUAUCGAACGUCCUUGGAUUUAAAAAACCAAUCAACAUCAACGAUGACUACGCUUUAAGGCCUAGUGAAUGUCAAGCUAACUUUCCUGGAAAUGACGUUUACAAGGUAGUGUGUGACCUGAGUAUGGCGUUACAUAAGCUGGGCCUCGCUACGGACACGUACGUAGGCAAUUCGCCAUGCUUUCCCAGAUUGAUUUAUUGCAUUAUCUUUAGAGCUAUCAAGUUACUGGAGAAACUGAAAARGGAAGCAAAAGGACCCUUAGCCAGGCUGUACUCAAAUAACACUAUCAACGAAUGGUUUUCAGACAAAAUAGAAGAGAAUUUGGCUGCUUCAAACAGUGUAAAGGCAAGCUUCUUGGACGCCUUGAAGCAUUAUGAGAUGGUUUUUAAACAGUCAAUAAAAAUGACUGCAAAAGAUAAAGAACAACCAGGCAAAGARAAGAUGGAAAGUGCAGAUGAUAAAGAGCAUCUACAGCAGCAACAAGAGAUUUUCACUUUAGAACUUGAACAGCAAAAUCAACCGGAGCAACAGGAUAAAGAGAUACAAACACCGCAAAAUCAGCAGCAGCCACAGCAACAGGGACAGCAACUCCUCCAACAGCAGGCAGAACAACAAAAUCAACAACAGCAACAGCAACAACAGCAACAACAACAGCAGCAGCCGCAGCAACAGCCACAACAGCAACAGUCACAGCCACAGCCACAGUCGCAGCAACAACAACAGCAGCAGCAGCCGCAACCACAGCAACAGCAGCAACCACAGCCGCAGCAACAACAAUCGCCUCAGCAGCAGCAAGCAGCACAACAACAGCAGCAGCAACAACCCCAAGUUCAGCAACAAACGCAAGACCAAGCGGUACAACAAACACAACAGCAACAAACACAAGAUCUGCAGCAGCUGGAACAACAACARCAGCAACAACAAGAGCAGGAACAGCAACAGCAACAACUCCAACAACAACAGAUGCAGCAACAACAGCAACUUAUACUCAAAGAAAAACACCCUGAAUUAGAUGACAUAAAGCAGGUUUUUGAACAAGUUAGCGACCAGAACGAACAAGAAAAAACGCUUCCAAAGGCAGAAGACAAGCAGUUACGAAAAACACAACAACACGAACAGCAGCAUCAACAGCACGAAGACGAAGCAUCUUCCAAUGAAAUUGCCCAAGACGAACGUGAACAAGAACUUCAAAAACAGUACUCAAGAAAACAAGAUUUCGAGGAAUCGCACGCACGAGCACAAGAUGUUCUGGAUCACCGCAAAGAGGCUCAGAUACGYGAACAAAAACGCUUACAACUUAUGCAACAGUAUUACAUUAGAAGGCCUCAACUUAAACCAAAGGACGCGGAGCAAGAGAAAAAGUUGAGAGAGCUUCAGUUUGUCGUUGAGCAUCGAUUGAAAGACUUAAACGCGGAUACAAAUUCAAGGCAAGGUAUUGUGAAUCGUAUGGCUCAAGAAAGAUUCCGUAGCCUUGGUAACCCUGAAUCAUUUAGAAAGCAACAACAGAUUCUUAAAGAAGUGGGWACGGAGCUUAGAGACUCACGCACUCGAGCCUCGCGCAAAAUUGUAGACGAUAUAGGAGGACAUGUAGCGAGCCUCCCAAAGGAUUACUGGAAAUAUGCCUAUGGGCAAAUCAAACCGCUGCCCAUGAAUAAAAUAAACAAGAGUAGCCCUAGAGCGAGGCUUGGUACAUUUCAAUUAAAAAGAAGUAGUUAUAGGAAAUAGAGAUUAUGAGUGUGUGAAAUAGGAUAUAAUAAAAUUUUCUUUGUUGUUGUUUG